GUGACGUGAUGCGGAAGUGACGCGCGACACUCAAAAGAGUUCAGCAUCUGGGAGCCAAAAAAAAAAAAAAACACACCAGCUAGCUUCGUUUUCUCAGCAGACAAGCGGACUUUCGGAAGGCAAUAACACCUUGCGCAUUUGGGAUCAGACAGCCAUAAUGAAUCCCGUCUACAGCCCUGCACCAACAGGGGUCCCCUUCACCAAUCCGAAGGGUCUCGGCUAUCCAGCUGGAUUCCCAGUUGGUUACGCUGCAGCAGCCCCUACAUACACACCGGGUGUUUACACAGGAGCCAACCCGGCCUUCUCAAGUGGUUACGCUCCUGGGACUCCCUUCAAAAUGUCCUGUUCUCCCAACACGGGGACUGUACCGCCAUACUCCUCCUCCACCAACCCAUACCAAGCUGCUGUCUACCCUGUCAGGAGCACCUACCCCCAACAUAACCCUUAUGCACAGGCGCUGAUCCCGUCACAGCAGCAAGGUACUUACUUCACACAGCCGCUGUAUGCAGCGCCGCCUCACGUGAUCCAUCACACAACAGUGGUCCAGCCCAACGGGAUGCCCGCUGCCAUGUAUGCUCCGCCCAUUCCCGCUCCCCGCAACAAUGGUGUUGCCAUGGGGAUGGUUGCCGGCACCACUAUGGCCAUGUCAGCUGGAACUUUGCUGUCAACUCCGUCACCAGCGCCAGCCGCCCUCGCCCCCCACCCCGUCACCAUGCCCACAUACCGGCCCGCUGGCACGCACAGCUACAGCUACGUGCCCUCGCAGUGGUGAACAGCAGGCCCAGCGCGGUUGGGAGACGCUAUAGUUAUGCAUUCACACUCCAGUGUUUCUUGCUCGCGGUGGUGGAUCUGCUCUGCCAGCGGCCUGUUUGUCUUCUUCCAGCAUAAUGUGAAUCUCAAACCAUGUAGGUCCAUUUGGACGGGGGGAGGGGGGGUAGUCAUCCCCACGUCUCGAUGGAAUUAGGUCGCAUUCCACGCUGCUCCCCUACAAGCCUGCUGCGUAUCACACAUUGACCGGCCCUCGGCCUCCAUGCAAUUGUUUAUGCAGGUUUCUCUAGCUUCAACUAGCUCGUGGUGAAAAACGGAGUGCGGAUUAGUUUAUUUCCUCACCGCCCCCCCACCCCCCCUCUUCUCCUUUCCGUUUUGGAGGCGCAUCCGAUGUUGAAUGCAUGUUCUAUAUGUAGAUAUAUGAAGGUAAUGCUAUCUCAAUCUACUCGCUGCGAUAGAUGCAAAAUCCUACGAAAUAAGCUAGAGAUGGGCAUUGGAACUAACCAGCUGCACUACUUGGCUGCAACCAGCAGGGGCGCCGUUGAUCACUAUUUCUGACAACGUGGCUCUACAGCCAUUGAUCAUAUACAUAUAUAUAUAUAUAUAUAUAUAUAUAUAUAUAUAUAUAUAUAUAUAUACAGUACAGGCCAAAAGUUUGGACACACAUUCUCAUUUCAAUGUGUUUUCUUUAUUUUCAUGACUAUUUACAUUGUAGAUUGUCACUGAAGGCAUCAAAACUAUGAAUGAACGCAUGUGGAGUUAUGUAGUUAACAAAAAAAGGUGAAAUAACUGGAAAACAUGUUUAAUAUUGUAGUUUCUUCAAAAUAGCCACCCUUUGCUCUGAUGACUGCUUUGCACACGCUUGGCAUUCUCUGGAUGAGCUUCAAGAGGUAGUCACCUGAAAUGGUUUUCACUUCACAGGUGUCAUAGUUUUGAUGCCUUCAGUGACAAUCUACAAUGUAAAUAGUCAUGAAAAUAAAGAAAACAUGUGUGCAAACUAUUGCCCUGUAUUGUACAAUAUAUAUAUAUAUAUAUAUAUAUAUAUAUGUGUGGGAAAAAAUCACAAGACUAUUUCAGGAGAUCUCCUGAGGAUUGAGGAAAACCCCUCAUGAAACAGGCCUGUAGAGAUGAAAUAGUCUUGUGAUUUUUUCCCACACAUACAUACUACGCUCUACCACGGUAUCGAGCACUAUUUUUUUGGAUAAUCUAAUUAAGACAUAUAUAUAUAUAUAUAUAUAUAUAUAUAUAUAUAUAUAUAUAUAUAUAUAUAUAUAUAUAUAUACAUGUA